ACCGUCGUGGCGUGGAUCGAUACGGACAGCUUGAGAAUCGAGUUGAAGAAAAUGCGAGGAAAGGCGGUUACCGGGAAAGUGAUUAUAUUUAUGGUAUUAUGUCUUGCUAGCUUUCUUGCAGGAUCCCUGAUCACUAGCCGAACCUGGAGUACUUCUCAUAACAAGCUGGGAGAGUUAGCCCCUGACUAUGAUCACAAACGUAGGUUCGUUGAAGGAAAGGCCGAACACAUCAUGGGAGAAGUCUCCAAAACUCACAAGGCUAUCCAGUCCCUGGAGAAAACAAUUUCCAUCUUGGAAAUGGAAUUAACAGCGUCUCGUAUGAGCAAGAGUGGUGUUGGAGGAGUUUACCUGCAAAAACCACAGUCCUCGAAUCACACAUUGCAGAAGGUUUUUGCGGUUAUAGGAAUCAACACAGCGUUCAGCAGCAGGAAACGAAGGGAUUCCGUUAAGGCUACGUGGAUGCCUACAGGAUUACUUCUGAGGAAAUUGGAGAGAGAGAAAGGGAUAGUGAUGAGAUUUGUUAUAGGGCACAGUGCCACAGCCGGUGGGGUACUAGAUAAAGCUCUGGACAAAGAAGAGGCGGAGUACAAUGAUUUUCUGAGGCUUAACCAUGUGGAAGGAUACCACCAACUGUCCACCAAGACCAGACUCUAUUUCUCCACCGCUGUUUCCAUUUGGGAUGCUGAUUUCUACGUGAAGGUGGAUGACGAUGUCCAUGUCAACUUGGGUAUGCUAGCCACCACGGUUGCGCAGUACCGAGCAAAGCCGAGAGUGUACAUAGGGUGCAUGAAGUUUGGACCUGUUCGUAUGCUGAAAGGGGAGAAAUAUCAUGAACCGGAAUAUUGGAAAUUUGGAGAGGAUGGAAACAAGUAUUUCAGGCAUGUCACUGGACAAAUAUAUGGCAUUUCCAAGAAUCUCGCUGCUUAUAUUUCCAUCAACUCCUCCAUUUUGCAUAGAUUCGCCAAUGAGGAGUUGUCCUUGGGAUCAUGGAUGAUUGGGUUAGAAGUUGAACACGUGGACGACCUUUCCAGGUGUUGUGGUACACCUCCAGCCUUAAAAGAGUUGGGGAUAUGGCAAACAAAGAAUGAAAUGUUGAGAACAGUCCUUACAGACACAGAAGCCUCGUUUCAAAACUACAACCGUAAGAAAAAUACUGAACAAGAAACAAGUAGAGCCAACAAUAAAACAAUGACAGAGUUGGUACAUGAUUAUAGAAAUCUUGCACAAGAACUUCAUGACCGCAUCGAGUCUCUUACGAGAGAGAAUGGUCAAUAUUGCCUACAGCUUCAAAGGUUGAAACUUAAGAUGGAGAAAAAAGACAACGUGAUGAAUGAGACGGUUACUCAAGCAAGCAAUGUGGCUCAUAAGUUGGUCGAAUUAGCUGUCUUUGUAAGAGAUUUGAAGCAGAUUGAUGGCUUAUCACCAGAUCAUGCUUGGAAGAUAACCUGGCUCAUGAUCGAGAUAAAAAGCUAG